AUGGGCGGAAAUCCCAAAGUUGCUAAUAAUAAACCUGAAGAUCAAAAACUUGCACGAGGCAAUCUAGCCUUGAAGAACAGCAUGGAUGCAAGAACUCCAGUUAGGGUUAUCUUUGGUCGGCAAACUUUGAAGGCCUCUAAUACUAGUGGUGAGAGCUCAAAAUACAUUUAUGAUGGGCUGUACACUGUGAGUAACUAUUGGCAAGAAAGAGGGCCAUAUGGCAAGAUAGUAUAUAUGUUUAGACUGAAUAGAAUACCAGGACAACCAAAACUUACUAGAAAAAUAGAGAGCAAGGUUAAAAAACCUAAGGCAUGCUUUGAGCGGUGUGUGUUGGACGAUGUAUCUCAGGGAAAAGAGAAGAUGCCCAUGCGUGCAAUGAAUGCUGUGGAUAAUGCGAAACCCCCACCUUUCACUUACAUAACCAGUAUGAUAUAUACAGAAUGCUAUGAUCCCUCAAUGCUAAGUGGUUGCAAUUGCAUUGAUGAAUGUUCUGAUUCCAAGAAAUGCUCUUGUGCAGUAAAGAAUGGAGAUGAGAUCCCAUUCAACAACAGUGGUGCCAUCAUUAAAUCAAAUCCCAUUGUUUAUGAGUGUGGUCCUUCUUGCAAAUGCCCCCCUUCUUGCAGGAAUAGAUCUAGUCAACGUGGAGUCCGGUAUCAAUUGGAGGUGUUCAAGACUGAAUCAACGGGAUGGGGUGUAAGGUCACGAAAUUUUAUUUCAUCUGGGAGUUUUGUAUGCGAAUAUGUAGGCGAGUUGAUCCGAGAAAAGGAAGCGAAGGAAAGAACAGGUAGAGAUGAGUAUUUGUAUGAUGUCGGGAAUGGCUGUGAUGAUACAGAAGAUAGCUUCACAAUUGAUGCCGCACAAUAUGGGAACGUGGGGAGAUUUAUUAACCAUAGUUGCUCGCCUAACCUUUAUGCUCAGAAUGUGUUGUAUGACCAUGAUGAGAAGAGAAUGCCUCACAUAAUGCUGUUUGCUGCCAAGAACAUACCUCCUCUACGGGAAUUGACUUGUGAUUACAAUAUGAAUCACGUUUGCAAUGUAAGUGAUGGUAUCAAGAUGCAGAAUUGUUGUUCUGGUUCUCCCGGGUGCACUGGGAGGAUGCUUUGA